AAUAUUUUUAAACAGAUUUGAUAAAUAGUAAGUUCAAUACACUUAAAAAAUAGUGACAGUCUUCGAUCGAACUGGCUCUUGUCUUUGAUUGAAUCGACUUUAUCGAUGGAAACGAGCUUCGAUCGAAACAACCUUCGAUCGAACUGACUUGCAUUCGACGCCGGUGCAAGGGGCCAUCUUGAAAGUUUGGUUGUCCCCAACUAUGGCGGCCUCGUAUGACGUAACGAUUUGUAGUCACGUGGUUGAAAGAUGAGCCAAGUCGAAUGUUUUUUCCCGCCCCCUUCAUUGAUCAUGUUACCGUGUUGAUCCGUCAAAUUUCUUAGCCACGCAGCGUUGAAGUGUACAUUUUCAACUGGAAAAAAAUUGGGUUUUUUAUUACAGGGAAAGAGACUUUUAAAGAGUAAUGGAUAAUAGUAAAGAAUUCCAGAGAGAUCUGAAAGACUGGGUGUCAGAACAGCACUCUGUAGAAGGAGUUGCCUUGCAAAACAGUUUCAGCAGUGCAGACAUGGUGAAAAAUGUGCCUCUUGACUUAGAGUCUGUUUCUCACGUGGCUCCAACAACAGAGGUCCAAAGUCAAUUUGUGGGUACAGGGAGGUUUCCAAAGCUACCUAAUGAGGAUAAUAAUGCAGCUCUGAUGAAUCGAAUUUCUGACCUCAAACACGUAAUAAAAGUGCGGGAGGAAGAAUUAGAGAGAGAGAAAGUAUUGACUUCACAAUUGCUCAAUCAAAUCUCCCUCAUUGGAGAGGAGCUAAGGGAGAAAGAUGUAAAGGUGUUGGAUCUGGAACAAAAAUUAUACUCUGCAACCGAGAGGUACGACACAAUUCAGAAAGAAUUACUCAAAGUGCUCAAGGAGGCAGAAGAACACGAAGAACAUCUUAUCGACGAAUUCAAUCAAGCUAAGGCAUCGUACCAGCAGAAUUUAUUGGCCGAAUGUCAUGAAGAGAUCGAAAGGCAAACCCAGCGGGUGACUAGUUUUUACGUAGCCGAAAAAGAGCAAUUAAUUCGCCAAGCCCACCAGGUUAUAAAUCACAUCCGGGCGCAAGCUCAUUGGGAGAUUGAAAGACGGCAUCAGGAGUUUGUGACAACCCUGGGAAAAUUUCAAAGAGCAGCUCAAGAGAACUGUGCGAGACACCAGCAACAAGAGAGUCGCAGCUGGUUUGUUUCAAAUGAAGUAGAAGUGAACCGAGAGAAGAUCCUAGGGAGUGGAGCCUUUGGAAAAGUUUAUAAGGGAACAUUCCGCGGAACCCCAGUGGCUGUAAAGGAACUACAUGAAGUUAUCAUUUCUGCUCAUAAUUACACCCUCUUCGAGCGAGAAAUGCAAAUUGCUUCGCGACUUCGACACGAGAAUGUGGUUCUAUUUAUGGCUGCAACACUCGUAAAUGGAAUCCCAUUAAUAGUUACAGAAUAUGCAAACGGUGGUAGUCUGGCAAGUGUCUUAAAAGAUAACACAUUGCAGCUUCCAGAGGUAGUUUCCAUUGCUCUUGAUGUAGCACAAGGAAUCCUGUACUUACAUCUUCAUCCUCAUCCUGUCCUUCAUCGGGAUAUUAAACCUGACAACGUGCUCAUCUUUGAAAGAGGGCUACCCCCAGUAAGAAUUGCCAAAAUUUCCGACCUCGGUGCGGCAAAUCUUCACCGCAGUAUCAUGACUCCCAACCCAGGAACACCUUUGUACGCUGCUCCCGAGACAAAGACCGAACAAUACACCUCAAAGGUAAGUGUCUGAUUUCUCUUCCAAGCAGAUUAGGUUUAAAAUCCUGAUUUCCACACCAUUGCAGGAUCGCUGGAACCACUCCAAACACAAUAGAAUGCUACGCAUGUCAGUUACUUUUUGUUUUUUUUGUGGCUACUGUCUCCUUUGGGGGCGAAGCAACCUAUGUUAUCGAGAUGAAAUAGUGAGCGAGAGUAACACUAGAAUUCCGAUCUUUCUUGGUGUUACUUAUUGUUUUUUCGGAGUAUCUUAGUUCGACAUUCGCACUCGAUACACAGAUAAGUUCUCUCCUUUCGUGACUUUUGGCUUACAGCCACUAGCACACCAUGUUUUCAGUUCUUGCCAUAACGAUAAGUAUCUCUCUCUUUUCAGGAUUGCGCGCGAUUUUGAAAAAAAAAAGUUUCCAUCGGAGAAAUAGCUUAAUAGGUUUGAUCGGCGUAUCAAGGAACUUGAAGGAAUAAUUUUUUCUUUUAUGUUGAACCGAAGGUAUGAUAUUUUCAGUUCUUGCCAGGACACAACAAAGAACGAUAAGCUUCACAAAAUAAUUUUGCAAUAACAAACAGUGUCGCAUAAUUUAAUUCAAAACUAUUCCUUGCGGAAAUAUUCCAAUAGUUAUGAUAUGCUCUUCAUGGAAGCUGUGAGGAUUUUGUUUAAUUUUAAAAGAGAGCAUUUCACUGUUUGAAUCAGCGACUUUAAACGUAAAGAGCCGCUAAAUUAGCCGAGCGGGGAAGCUGCAAAAUACGAUACCUUGAGUUAUUCAACUGAAUGAUGGAACGAAGGAAUAGUGGAUUGGCGGAAUAUCUUAUGAUGCAAAAUGACGGAACAUCCUAAACCGCGAAGCACUUUUUUGUACGAAACAGAAGUCUCAAAAAAUGGCAUCACAAUAAAAUAGGAAAAUUAUUUAUAAUUGAGGGGCGAAAUAAAAAAAAGCAUGGGUAAUCAUUGUUGGAGC